AUCACACAAACAUUUGUCCUAGCAUUCUGAUAUUUAGAACAAAUUACCUCAUUAUUAAAUGAUGCUACGGUUAACUCACGCGAAUUUAUCGGGAUCGCCCGACUAGUUUCGGACCCAACGGGAGUCCUUAAUCAUGACCUGAUUUUGUUGAAUCAGUUUGCCUCGCGAAAAACUAAUCCCUUAACGACCAAAAACAUUUUUUUUGGUAGAUACCUAGUCAUAAUGAUGUUACUUUUCAGUUGAUAUAGGUAAUAUGUACGAUAUAAUUUAAGUAUAUAUCCCAUAGCGACGACUCGACCCGCUCUAAAGUAUUUCUGACGCGUUAAGUUUCAAAAAUAUUCAAGUCACAUGCACAAGACACCCAGACUCAGGACAAGCAUUCGUGGAUCACACAAAUGCCUGUCCUACGCGGGGAUCGAACUAACACGUCGCUCACAGUUUGUCGUGGUGAAGUCAACCACUCGGUUAUCCGUGCAGUCAUUCCUAAAUAUUGUUAUUGUUUCAGCGUUCGGCGUCAAGAGCCCGACGAGUGAACUAGCUCGUUUAGAACAUCGACAGAGCCAUAAUGUGCAACUGAUGAAGGCUUCACUAUAUGCUGAUACAGAAAUGGAAGACGACGCGUCAGUGUCGACGGGCGACCAGUUGGUCCCGGUGUCGGCCCCGCUGCUGGCCGCGCCCGCCCUGCAGCCGCCGCCCGCCCUGCUGCAGCAAGAACCGCCCGCUGAAGCAGACGCACCAGACACUGAAGGUAGGUCUGCAGCAGCCAAACAUUUAGAGUCACCUCACGACACUAAAACACUUGACAUAAGCUGGUCGAUAAAUACAUGCCGCUUGGUGGCACAGGCUUUUAUUUUUUUUACUACUCCCGUUGUAAGGAAUUUAAACUUUGUAUCACGGUUGUUCCACAAACAUUCAAGUCACAAGCACAAGACACCCAGACUCAGGACAAGAAUUCGUGGAUCACACAAACGCUUGUCCUACGCGAGAGAUCUGACGAAACUACAAGACGUCGGUGAUAUUUGGCACCUCAACCACUUGGCUGUCAGUGCAGUCAAGUCUUACUUAGACUGGCCUUUUUAUAUUCGUUAAUAGGUUAAAA